GAGAAGCACGCAAUGGAAGCAUACAAGAUAGACAAGGAAGGAAUGUGGUAGAGAAUCCAAAGUUUGAAGCCCAACUUUGGUACAAGGGUGUGUCUCACAAGUUUCACACUAUGGCACAUAAAGUAGCCAACUCUCUAGAGUGUCAUCUGAUAUUAGAAAAUGCACUUGAUUGCGUUGGUCCACAACUAGAUGAGAAACUUGAUGCAACUAUGAAUGCUACGAAAAAGCCAUGUGAUGACCAAGAAAAUGUUGACCCAAAUGUGCAACUAACUAGUGAGUUUCUUAGUGCAGCAAAGCUCAAGAAAAAAGAGGUUGCAUCAAAAAAUUUGAGGAGAAAGAAAGGCUGGCUUGAUAAGUUACUCAAGGGGAAGCGCAAGCCAACUAAAGUUGCCUCGUCAAAAAAAAGGGAGCAAAGCAGCAAAAGAAAAAUGAUGGUGGACAGCCUCAAGUGAGAGUGGAGAAGGAUGAUGGUGGACAGCCUCAAGUGAGAGUGGAGAAGGAUGAUGGCGAUAAAAGAGCAAAUG